AUGGCUUUCCUAAUGAAAAGCAUGUUGAGCAACCAGGUAAAGAAUUUGGGGCUUGGAGGUGGAGGAGAAGAAAGCAAAGAAGAAAGCACUCCUUCCGACCCAGCAGCUGCUGCAGGAAUGACCAGAGAGGAGUAUGAGGAGUACCAAAAGCAAAUGGUUGAGGAGAAGAUGGAAAGAGACGCGGCGUUUGCACAGAAGAAGGCAGAAAGAGCCUGUCUGAGGGUUCACCUGAGGGAGAAGUACCGGCUCCCCAAGAGCGAACUGGAUGAGAACCAAAUACAGAUGGCUGGAGACGACGUGGGUUUGCCAGAAGACCUUCAGAAGAUGGUGGCGGAGGAUCAGAUAGAGGAAGAAGACAAGGACUCUAUCCUGGGACAGUUGCAGAACAUUCAGAAUAUGGACAUGGAUGCGAUCAAGGAAAAGGCACAAGCCACUUUCACCGAAAUCAAACAGGCUGCCGAGCAGAAAUGUUCCGUGAUGUAGGAGAGACACCUCUACCCCAGGGCUGUCAAUCCAACCCUAUCUCACAGGGGUGGGGGUGAGGGCGGGCAGAGGGGGGCACCCAGCUCCAUAGUGGUACAUGUCAAUAUGAGAGAGAGAGAGACUUCAGAACCUCCAGGGGGGCAACAGUUAGGUGCUGCGGCUGCUUAGCGUAAAGGCAGAAAUGAUUCUUUUUUUUUUUUUUUUUUUUUUUUUAACAUCACCUUUUUCCCCAAGGAAAAGCUGGCUUAAAAGAUGGCUUUCCCCCUUUCCUCGGGGAAAAAUGUUAUGUUGAAACAAAAAAAUAAUAAUGCUGGGGGGGAAGCGUGCCUUUCACCACCACUUUUCAGUGUUCAAAAUGCUACUAAACACGUGUCACUGCCGAUUACAGUUUUGCUUCCAUUGCAUAACGGAUAGGUAGUCACUCAUUUAAUACCAUUUCAAAGCAAAAACAAUAUUCAAAUGUUGAACAUUUCGCAAGAAUUUAAAAAAAAAAAUACACUGGUUUUGAUCACCUCUGUUUUAAAUGCAGCAAAAGGCAAAAAGUGAAGCACAAAAUGCUACCGCCUAGGGACAGUCAUGUCACUGUGUGUGGAUGCGAUGGGGACCUGCAGGACAGCAAGGCUGGGUAGCUUCCUGCAAUCUGCAGGCAGCGAGCAAUGCAGACUUCUCCAGGCUGCCCCAGUGUCAUGUCCUCUUGGUCUCCAUGCACAGAUCAAAUCCAGGCUCUGUCUGGGAACGUCGGUCCACCUCUGCACUUGCACAGCAAUGAGUUAUCACACACACUAUCCCACACAGGAGCUACACUGCCCUCUCACAUGGCUGAUACAUAUAACAGCACUCAUAUGGGGCCCUGAUAUUCUGUACAAUGAAGCACUUUGUAAAUUCUUCAAGAGCUGGUUUGUGAAUGAAAUAUGCAAACGGACACGUGUAGCACCUUCCUACAGGUUUGUAAGUCUCUUUCUCUC